AUGAAUCCAAACUCAGAAAUUAGUCCAUCAUAUGCAAUGAAAUUAAAUUCGAAUAUGUCUGAUGAUAUAUGGGGAGAUAACAUUGAAGAUUCAAAUCCAAGCUAUUCACCAUUCUUAACAUGCUCAAUGGGUCACUCAUUUGGUGAAAGUAAAAAUGAAUGUUACAAUUUCGAUUUUAAGAAUGGUGCACCAAUCAGUGGUAAAGAAUUCUUUUUAACUCCAACUUUCACUCAUGGUUAA